AUGGGCUAUUGGGGUCGCGGGCCAAGUCGCCUCCUCUGGUUCGCCAUUGGCGCAGCUUCUGCUACCUGGUGGGUCAGGCGCAGGGAGUGCAGUAACCGCUCCUUUGGCCCCUGCAUCCGCCAGCCCAUCCAGUCCCCCAUCGGAAACACCGACACAACCCAGCCUUCCUGGCCCCAGAGCGUCACAGAUAUACCCCGCGCAAUCAACAACAUCCCCCAACCUGCACCCGUCCAGCACACCACAUACAGCCCUUCCACCAUCGGCGAGUGGGAGAAGAGACAGGAUGCCCAGUGGGAACUCGAGAAGGAGCAUCUCGCAAAGAUUUCCCGACAAGCAACAGAUGCCAUGGCAGAGCUCACCGAGGCUACCCUCGAGUCUGUCCUGGCUACCGCUGAAUCCCUGAAAGCCAAACUGGCCGAACACCGUGCCCAGAGAGAGAAACAACAGAAGCAGAUCGAAGAAGAAAUGGAACGACAGCGCCGUGAUCCACCCCGUCUAGUUUAA